CACAACAAAGCGAUCAGCCCAGGGUAGGAAAAGAAACGGGAUCGUGUCGUGCCGUUCGCCCGCGGAUUAGCAGAAACGCGGGGUGGUGGCACAGGAAACAGGUUCUCGCCUCGGUACGGCGUGUGUGCUCUUCCCUUUUACCAGUCGAAAUGUUGCGACGACAUCGUCACACCUGCUAGAGGCCGAGCAGCAGCAGCAGCAGCAUCAUCAUCAGCGGCAGCAUCCCCACCGAGUCACAUCCCAGCCCAGUGUCGCCUUCGUUCUUUGGAUGCAAAUGUAAUUCUUUUACACAUUCUUUUUCAACGGAGAAUUGUGUGCGUGUAUGAGUUGUGUGUUUUUUGCUGUGCGCGAUCUGAUGUUGUGAAGAACCCCCACACUCCGUCCAUAGAGGUUACAACAGUGUUCCUUUCUUACACAAUAGCGCGUGUGGCCUGUGUGUAGUGCCAAAGGGUGCAAAAGUCAAGCAGAUAGUGUACACGUGCGUGUUUUUUUUCUGCUUGCGUGGUGUUCCUCGUGUCUGUGUGUGUGUGCCCUCACCAGGUGAAUGUGUGCCCGUUCUGAUGACGUUACAGAUCUUGCGGAAAUACCACCGACGAUGAUCCCCGGUGGUUGUGGUGGUGCUCCAUUGGUGGCCGUGAACCGUGUGUGAUUGUAAAGGUUCUCCUUCUAGCCGCACACAUCUCAGCAGGCGUUCCGUGUUGUUCCCGUUAGAACAGUUGCCACAUACACACACGCGCGCACACAGAGCUAUUUCGUUGCUCGAGGCAACCCCCGUUCCCCGAAGUGUGCGAUCAACAACGAAGAGGAAGAAACAAAAAUACGGUAGCAACAGCAGCCAACCCAGACGGGUGAAAGGAACCCAUCCACACCCCACCCCACCCGGCGCCAGCCGUGUAAGGAAGGUUAUGAAGCUGGAGGGUGGCAGCAUCCAUCUGCAGCAGCAGCUCACCGGUGGCGGCAAUCUUCAUCCCCUGCACGACGACAAAAGCUACCAAUCGUCCUUGUCCAGCCAGUCCGCCCAGCACCAUCAGCACCAGCUCCAGCACGGCAGCAUGAGCAUCGAGCUCUGUCUGGUGUGUGGCGAUCGGGCCUCCGGUCGCCACUAUGGCGCGAUCAGCUGCGAGGGCUGCAAGGGCUUCUUCAAGCGGUCGAUCCGCAAACAGCUCGGCUACCAGUGCCGCGGCUCGAUGAACUGCGAGGUGACGAAGCACCACCGGAACCGGUGCCAGUACUGCCGGCUGCAAAAGUGUCUCGCCUGUGGCAUGCGCAGCGAUUCGGUCCAGCACGAGCGGAAACCGAUCAUCGACAAGAAGGAUGGCCAGUCGGGCCCGAACCCGAACAGCAAGUACAAUCCGCACCGGAACAAAGAGUACCACCAGCAGCAUCACGGUCUGAGCAAGGGCGGUGAAGCGAAGGGGGCAGGUGCAGGCAGUGGAGCGUCCACAUCCGUUUCUUCCGCGGCGGCCGCUGCCUCCUUAUUCAACUAUCUGCCCGGGUUCAGUUUGGCCGACUUUACGGCAAACCUUAGCAAGCGCACGCUGGGCGAGAAAUCGCUCGCAAGGGAUGCGGAGCGAUCUGCCACUUCCGGUUCGGUUGGGCAUCAAUUUUCCCCCGGCAGUGGUGGUGGUGGUGGUGGUGGUUCGAGUGUAUCGGCUAGCGGAAUGCCCGGCAGCCCGUUCGGUAGCUUGCAGUCGCUGAAGACGGAAGUGCCGGAUCGGCAGUCGGCGUCGGAGCUGGGCGGUGUGUCGACGAGUGCGGCCGAUUCGAUUGCCGCGUUGAUUGGGCUGAAUACGACGGCAGCCGUUGCGGCGGUGGCCAUGUCCAGUGCAACGCUCGGCGGUACGACGCCGAGUGCGGCUGCAGCGGCCGCUGCCGCAGCUUCUCUGCUUGCCGCCGACACAACGGUCGAUGGAAGUGGCGUUGGCGAUGGCAGCGGUGGUGGUGGUGCAGCGCUGCGCGGUAGUGCCUCGAAUGCAUCGUCCGCACACUACGCGUCGCUGGCGAUGGACACCGGUGACGCUUCGCUGGACAAAUCGUUGCUGUGCAGCUCGCUCGAGUUCAUCCAGAGCAUGGAGCAGGAGCUGAACAGCAGCCUGAACAACAACAACAGCUUCGGCAUCAAGGCGGAGCUGAACAAUGGCAGCGGCGGCGAGGAGGUGUGCAUCGAGUACGAUUACGGCGGCAUCGGGCGGGGCGAGAUGGCACUGACCGAGGCGUGCGUCCAGUUCGACAUCCAGGUGCCGACCGUGCUGCCGAGCUAUCUGAGUGUGCACUACGUGUGCGAGACCGGCUCGCGGCUGCUGUUCGCGACAGUACACUGGAUGAAGAAGAAUCACGUCUUCCAGAUGCUUGGCGAUGGCUUCCAGGGCGAGCUGGUGCGACAGGUGUGGCCGGAGCUGUUUAUGAUCGGGCUGGCUCAGAGCAGUGGGCAGCUGUCGUUCAACACGAUCAUGCUGGCACUGAUCCAGUACAUGAAGUCGGCCAUCCUGAACAAAAAGCACAGUGCCGACGUCAUCAACUACCUGAAGAAGUACAUCCUGCUCAUACAGGAGUUUGUGAACGAUCUGCAGAAGCUGAAUCUUACCGACCAUGAGUACGCUUACCUGCGAUUGCUGUCGAUUUUCAAUCCAGAUAAUGUGCUGCAGGACAAGGAAAAGAAUCAACAUCUCGUGAAGCUGCAGGAUCUCGUGCUGGCCGAAUUCCGCGACUACUAUCGCGACCGACACGCGCGCCUGGUGAGUAGCGAGAGUGAGGAAAAUUUGCGCGCCAACGAGGAGGACGAUAAUGAGGACGACGAGGAGGACGAUUACUACGAGCGUAGUCAGCAACCUCCUCGCCAUCGUCAUCGAUCGCAGCAGCAUCAGCAGCAGCAGCAGCACCGACAACAGCGCGCCGGCGACCGGGAGCAAGGUGAACAGCGGUUGGUGAAGCUGCUGCUAAAGCUGCCGACACUGCGAGCGCUCAACUCGAAGCGCGAUCUGGAGGAUCUGUUCUUCAGCAAUCUGAUCGGCCAGGUGCAGAUCGACAGCGUGCUGACGUACGUGAUCCAGACGAACGAUGGGGCCAUUUCCUUCUCGAAUAUGGUGCACCCGGUCGGCGGCAAUGGCAAUAACGGUGGCGGUGGCGGCAGCAGCAAUAAUAAUGGUAUCCCGACGGCAAUGGAUAGUGACGAGUAGAGGGGACGACACGACCAGUGUGUGCGCGUACCAAAACGAGACUGAUAGACGAGGUUUGGGGGGUGGGUCCGCUCUUCCAAAGCCCCUCGCCGGUAGUGCAUUCAAAAUGUGUCCAAAUGCCUUAACAAAACGAGACGAAUCGGCGGCUUAAGUGGCUGGAUAGGGGAUAGGAAAGUGACUCUUCCGCAUCCCCUCUCAUCUCGAGCGAGUGUUAGUCGUGUAGGGUGUGUUGUUUAGGCGAGAUAGUCUAUUUUAAACCCGUGCUUGUCUUUUAACGUGUUCCCAAGCGAUCCUCCGCAAAGAUGCACAAAGUGUGAGCCACUUAACGAAACCUUCCGCUAGUGAGAGUGAGUGCUUCCUUGUUCUUUUUUUUUAAACUCCUUGUUAAGCUGAUUUCAUUUUACACUAGCACACGGUAAAUGUCGUUAUAGCAUGAGUAUUAAUUAUUAGCUUUUCUUUUGCUUUGCUCUUUACAAUAACAAAAGAAUCGGUUUAGUUAAACGAAUAAGUUAGUGUUUUGCGAACGAUUGUCCAGUUUUCGUAGCGAUAGAUUUCGUAGCAGAAAAUGCAUGCAAAAGCAAAAGGUGCAUUUCAAUUUAACGAACAUAACGUACCCCAUGAAUGAUGUGUGUGCCCGCGUGUGUCCGAGUUGUAAGUGUAGAAGCCAAACGUUUCCACCAAGCAAAACCACUAACAAACACACACACACGUGUAUCCGUACCUGAGACCUGCGAGAGAGAGAGGAGAUAUUGAGGCGAAAGGACGAAACAGCGAUUCGUUGUUCGUUGCUUUCCGCGUGUAAAUGGUAUUUGAAUUGUAGUGAACGCGAAACAAAAUUAUACACGAUUACAGUGGCAAAGUGUCUCAACGAGGAGGGGGAGAGAUGGGUUUUUCAUAGUAAGAAGGAAAACACACAAACACACCGAGUGGCAAUAUUUAGAUGUGUAAGCGAUUUCAUCAGGUUUUCGUCCCAGAUUGGCAUUGAACGGUGGUUCUGUUGUUCUUUUUUUGUCCAGGACAGCCACUACGUAGGUUAUUUAUACAUAAACAUAUACUAUACAUACACACACAAGCAAAGGUAUAACAAGUAUUGCAAGUAUUGCUGAAUAGUUUGUAGAGCGUACCGGUUUAAGCAUAAAACAAACAAACGCAUAAGAAUGCCUCCUUCAUCUCUUGACACCUCACCGAACACCCUCACGACAAUAUUUGUCCCUCACUCCUUUUUUUCGAGAGGGGAUUAAGAUUAACAUUAGAAAACCUACACACACACACAGGGGUAGACGUUAAGCAAGACAAUAUAUGGAACCGAAAUAAAACAAUUUACUAUUUGCAGAUUUCAUCAGAAAAAUAA